CAAAGAGCGGCUUGAAAAACUGGACCUCUUUACUCUGUCCUAUCGCAGACUAAGGGGAGAUCUAACUUUGAUGUACAAAAUACUGAGAAAUGAUUUCGGACCUAAGUUAUUCUCUCUCUUUCUUCACACUAGAUCGCAACACCUUAGAGGACACAGCAGGCGAGUAGAAAAGCCAAGAACGAACAAAAUACCAGUGGCAUACAGGUUUUCACACCGAGUCAUCAAUACUUGGAACGUGCUGCCUGAAGCAGUGGUGUCCACACCUUCAAUUGACUCUUUCAAGAGAAGACUGGACACUCAUAGGAGCAUACUAGAAAAGGAAUAACAUAGGCCUUGAGAUCUCAGCUCGAACUUCGACCUCUGACAAGGUCACUGGAUCCGUUCCAUUGGAUCGUCUUAUAUAGUCUGGUAUGAUUUCUCUCUCUGUUUUGUUAGCACUUUUGAUUGGUGGAAAAGAUAACCUGCUUUAUUACAAUGAACAUUUCGAAGGCGAAUUGAGUGAAGCACCCCUGGAACGUCUACUUCCUACGUUGGUGACAUUUUAUAACCAAUAUUCAAGCGAGCCCUACAGAUAUGUGGCAUUUGACGCUAACCAGACAUUACAAACUCAUAUAAGGGGUUAUAGAUAUCGUUUCUCUGUUUUGUUGGCCCCCACUAUUUGCCCCAAAUACCAAGCGGAAUACAUAUCUAUUGCGCACUUGGGACCUUGCUCGUUGAAAGCAUAUGGAUAUCAACAAUGCGAUUUCGUUUUAAGCUUUCGAAAGGGUCUAGUGUAUGAUGAUAGCACGUUGUACCUUGAAGGUUGUCGAUCUGCUGUCCCGAGAAUGCCUGUAAACCUCGAGUACUUAGGCUUUAAGCUGCCUGCAAACGUGGAGGAGAAAUAUGCACAAUUUAAGUUAACAUAUAGAAAACAGUAUCAUGAGACAGAAGAUGAGAUUAGGUUUAAUAUCUUCAAAUCGAAUAUCUUGAAAGCUCAAUUGUAUCAGGUGUUCGAAAGAGGUUCAGCCAUUUAUGGAGUGACACCUUAUUCAGACUUAACAACUGAUGAAUUCGCACGCACCCAUCUAACUGCUUCCUGGGUAGUGUCGUCUAGUACAAGUAAUACACCAAUUUCUCUGGAAAAGGAGGUUAAGAAUAUACCAAAAAACUUCGAUUGGAGAGAAAAAGGCGCUGUAACUGAAGUAAAAAAUCAAGGAAUGUGUGGCUCUUGUUGGGCGUUCUCAACCACUGGUAAUGUUGAGAGUCAGUGGUUCCGCAAAACUGGAAAGUUAUUAUCAUUAAGUGAGCAGAUUCAGGAAUUUAAAUUAGGUAAUGUCUCAUAUUCUAUUCUAAUUUCUCCCUACCUACUUUGGCUUGGGCAACCGACUAGGAUCAUUAUUCAUCACGCAAACAGUACAAACCAGGUGCAAACAUAGAGUUGUAUUCAGUAAUUAAGUUGUGUCGAAUUUCUCGAAAUGGAGAGAGAUAUCAUUCAGCAAAAAACACUUUGUUACUGUUUGCUGUAUCAAAUAAACGUAUUUACAGAAGGUUUUACUAAAAUUCUCACGGAAGACGUAAGCAGUAGUUUUAAACGUAUCGUAAUAUUGAGCUUACAAAUUCAUGUAAGUGAAACGUGUACCAGUGUUUUGCAUUCAGCAAAAGAAAGGUAGAAAUAUAUAUAUGUUGUUUUGUGCAUAACUGUCUUCGUAUAGACUUUCUUUAAGGUGGGUUGAUUUGUAGCUCAAGUAACCUCAUUGUUACAAUACUGUGUACGUAUUUCAUUAAGGUUUAACCAGUUAUAAAGUGUGUUUAAAAAGCACAGCAACGCUACACUCUAUUCUGUAUAUAGUUCAAGUGUUUAGGUUAUGAAUUUUCCAACCACUACCUCAUUGAGUGAGAUUGUCCGAUAAACCUAUCUUGUAAGUUACUACCACUUCUAGUAUUCUUGAUGUUUAACCUUUUGAAUAAACCUACAAUUUGUUUAUUUAUUUAUUUCAACACAUAGAUAAUGGUACAAAGAGGCACCAAAUACAUAUGCGCCACACAAAUCUCAUCCGAUAUGUGUGAGGGCUGUGAUACUGCCCGGGUGCCCAAACCGAAGCAGGUGGUUAUCUUAGGGGGCCACACCCCGAGCCUUCAACCCAAAGGUCUGAUCC